GUGCAAGUGGCGCUAGUUUCGCUGCGUAACGACUUUGAAAGAAAACAGAAAACGACGACUUCCGUGCUUGUUUGCUUGUUGAAUUGUUGACAGUCGUCUAGAGCGGAAAGUGGUUACAUUUUGGUUUGCAACAUGUCGAGCACUUCCCAGAAACACAGAAAUUUCGUCGCCGAGCCGAUGGGCGAAAAGCCGGUGAUGGAGCUGGCUGGGAUCGGCGAAGUCCUCGGCAAAAGGCUUGAAGGCAAAGGAUUUGAUAAGGCUUACGUAGUCCUCGGACAGUACCUUGUAUUGAAGAAGAAUCAGGAGCUGUUUGUUGACUGGCUGAAGGACACAUGUAGUGCAAAUACCAAGCAAUCCACCGACUGUUACAACUGCCUCAAUGAUUGGUGUGAUGAAUUCCUGUAAAAACAUUUUAACCCGCCAUUUCUUAAUUCUAUGUCCAGCCUUUUCUCGUACAUUUAAGCAGCCUGUAACUUAAUUUUAAGAAUGUGGUGAAGCUAUUAUCAUGUAAGCAAGACAAGGAAAGGCCAAUUGAAACAAUUGCAAAUCCAAUUUUAAAUUAGGAGCGACAAAUAAGUAACCAAUUAUUUUAUUUCAUUGAAGUUGUUAAAUCUUUUAAUUCAUCCGGUGGAAAAUUGGACAUUCCCAACUUUAUUAUGGUCUAUCUUCUAAUAUUUAAUGUAAUCACAAUUAUAAAAAUCUCUUUGCACAUCAUACUGCACCAACAAUCCAUUUGAAUCCAAUUAUCUUUUAUGUUAAAACCAGUAGAAUGUAAAAGAAUUAGAAAUAAUUAUGAAAAUAAAAUAUAUUGAUCGUUUGGUUAUGAAA